AUGUGGAGGGCCUACGAUACGUGCGUGCCCGUGACAGGAUCGCCGGCGACGUUUACUGCAGGCAUUGGCAUCUCCGUCUUCUAUGCGUUUUGCUUCGAGCACUUCCAGCGACGUCCUGACUGGGUCGUCAUCACGCAGGCGUUCCUCGAUAAGCAGUCGCAGUUGGCUGCUAUCUGUCGGGACGGCAAAACCAGAUUUAUCUACCUGGAGGGCAUCAAAGCAGAAGUCGCGGCAGCCGUGAAAGAAGCAGGCCGUUCCCCAAAGACCGUGCUCUUCUUUUCGGCGGGAUGGCCACACGGUGGUGUUUGUGACCCGCAGCGACGCCUGGAUGCGGCAGCACGCGGAAGUUCAGUACACCUACUGCCCCCGUGGACACUUAGCGAGCUUCGGGAGGCAGUGCUCGUGUUUGGGUACGAUAUUAGCGACGAUGUCAUCGGCGAGCGCUUUGGGCAUUUUGGGGGUGCCGCUCGGCCGUGUCUGUCGCUUGAUCCAGAGAUUGCUGGGUUCUACCUUGACGGGAUCACUGACUCGAUCAUGAAGAUCCGUGACCGAACGGAUCUCCUAGACCUGCUAUCCGGAAAGGAUGAUAGCGUGAUGCUGUUGGUCCCUCGAGCGGAUAACAGAACAUGCGCAGAAAGACAAUUCGCAUCUGAGUUCGUGGUGGAGAAGCUAGCGGAACGUCUGCAGUUGCUGGCGAAAUGGAAGAAAAAAGCUGCGGUGACGUUGCUUUGUGGGCUUCCUGAAGGCGCAUCGUUGAUUCGUUAUAUGUUCGAGAUCAGCGUUGACGACAAAGAUCAUGAAUGUACUGACUGA